AUGCUAUGCAACACAGUUAUAUCUCAAAAUGGUGUAAGGUAUAAAUUGAAAAAAAUAAUAGCUCGAGGUGGCUUCGGAGUGGUUUUCCAGUCGGAGAAUUCGGAAGGUAAUAAAGUCGCAAUCAAAAUGCAAUCUUGUCAUUCGUCUAUGCCAGAAAUGGAAGUGCUAAAAGCUUUGAAUAACUGUAUUCAUUUUUGUAAAUUUUACGAUGAGGGCAUGGAUGUUACCACACAUUUUAUUGUGAUGGAAUUGGUUGGACCGAGUUUAGUUCAAUUGAAAAAACAAUUACCUGACAAAAAGUUUACUCUCAGCACUGCCAUCCGUGUAUCUAUGCAGUGUUUGCAUGCAAUCGAAGAGCUUCAUCAAGUCGGUUUUAUUUCCCGUGAUAUCAAACCGGAUAAUUUUACAAUUGGUUUGGCUGGACCUAAGCAAAGACUUAUUCGCAUGAUUGAUUUUGGAACAGCCAAGAAGAUGGAGAUAAAUGUUGAAGACGAGAAAUUAGAAAGAGUGAUUUCUUGGGUUGGAACAGCUCGGUACUGCUCAAUUGCUAAUCACAAAAAGAUUGUAAAACAUUUUUGA